AAGGAAGAACUGGUUAUCACGCCGCCUCCUGGGGUUUAUAUCACUGCUGAUUUGCAUUUGAAUAACUUCUUUUAAACGUGACCGCUGACCAGUAGGUAGGUACGAAGUAUUCAUAAUUAUCCCAUAAUGCGGAGCAUAUCGAAAGAGAAUUUGAACUUAUAACUGUAACAAUUUCACUUGCCGCAACGGCAAAACGAAAACAACUGUCGAACUGCCACAGGCAAACCAGUUUUCAGUGGAGUCAUGCAAAGCAUGUCACGUCACGGAAUUCUGCCCCUCGCAUUUGGGAAGGAGGAAAGAAAUUCUUUCAUGCUGUGUGCUAAAACAUUUAUGAAAUAAAACAAGCUUUGCAAUGUACCUUUUGCAACUAGUUAAAGAAAACAAUAAGGGACUGUGCAAUAAUUAUCAGGAGGGGGGGCCCUAAACCAGAGGGGGGGGGGGGGGCAUUACAUAAAAUUGCUGCCAAGAUAGGGGGGGCUCAAAGUAAAAUCACUCAUUUGACGAAGAGGGGGGGGCCUUAAGUUUUAUUCGAAAUGUAAUAAAUAAAAUUAAACGCAAUAAAAGAUUCUCAAUACAGGCAUCAUGAUAGACUGUAACAAAUAUCAACACGAACAGCUGUUAAACGAUUAUUGAAAAUAUUCCAUCAAAAUGAAAAGCAAAUUCACAACUGAUCAAUUUUAACCCGUCCUCUAAGUUUUGAGUUUACCAGUGUGGUGGGAGGGGGGCGACGUUAUUUUUAACAUAACAGAGGGGGUUAGAACUAAUUUUUUUGUUUUGGAGGGGGGUACUGUCUAAGUUUUUGCUAGAUAACUCUGGUUUUAGGCCCCCCCUCCUGAUAAUUAUUGCACAGUCCCUAACUUUUUCCCCUGUUUUAGCUCGAGGAGCGCUGUGCACUUCUUUUAUUUUAUCUGCUGUUUAUAAUGAUUGUGUUUCAAGUUCAGAACGUGCAUCUAUAGCUAGCAAUUGGUGUGUUCGAAUUUAUACCGAAUGCUGUAGAAAGGAUAUCAAAGGGCACCAAAGCAGUGGCGGAUCCAGGGGGAGGGUCCGGGGGGUCCGGACCCCCCAUCAGACCCGAUACUUGUUUGAGACUAAAAUCCUUACAACGAUAGGAUUGCAUGUCACUGUUUAACUGGCUGGAUUUUUUAAUGAAACGCGUGUUGUAAUCUUCCACUAAACUAGAUUCCAGGGAUAUUAAAAAAUGUGAUUGUAACUGGGUACCCUCCAAUGAUCUUUUCGCCUCUGCUCGCAUAGCAGUAUUUCCCGCGCCAAUGGCGACUGGCUUUCACAGAUUGAGAAACACGUAGUCGUCUCUGCCUUCUCAGUGACUAGUGGGAUGGGGUGUUGGGGAAAAGUAAUUUGCCACAAAAAAGUUCAACAGUCCCUUCUGAACCAAAAUUUGGACCUCCCCCCCUCCCCCCCAAUGAAAAAUUCCUGGAUCUCCCCCUGCAAAGAUGUUACUCUGAGUUCGGAGCCAAUCAAGGCUUAUGCUGGCGCGUGCAAGUAAAUCAAUUUUUUUCGAGUUAAGAGGCUCACUUGUAGGACGAAAAACAGAAUAAUUUUAUUUAUGUAAUAUCAAAAUUGUGCCUGAUCAUGUGUAUCCUAGAGGAACAAGAGACAUAUUUGUUGCGAGCCUUUCUAAUCAUUCGGUUUCCUGUGGUUCGGUGGUUCCUUGCGUUGAAACAUCCCGACUAAAAGCCAACAACAGGGAAUGAGCUCUUCGUAAGCCAAUGAACUAGUGGCCACAUUCGGAUCUCAAAAAAAGAUUUGGACAAGUUGAAAGGACAAAAUCGAAGGAACUGAUCGGCGAAAAGAAAAGCCAGUACAAACAAACGAAAACACAUGAUAUCAUUUUUCCGAUAUUAGUCGGUUUGGAACACAAACCUUUGUCGGGGGCUGAUACUGUGGGGUCGUUACCAAAAUUGAAUUUAAAACUAAAGUACGUAAUUGUAAACAUAAUCGCUGAUUACAAAGGUAGUCUAAUAAACCUGAACUGACGCAAGUAAGGAACCAAAAAUAACGACCUGCUGGCCCUGGUUGAUCAAACGACCGAUCAUUUUUCCAACGGAUACCGUGUGGAACGAAAUUUUUGCUGUAGUUUAUUUUUGCGGCUUGGCGGUUUUUUGUGUUUUGUGGGAACUAAUUUUUGCGAUUAGGACAGACUGGUUUUUCUUGCUGGGGAUCAAUUUUUGCGAUUUCAGAAAGCACCCAGUACCCAGCAUUGAUAAUAUUGUCUUUUUUAUUGAGUACGUACAAUAGAAAUACAUAUUUUCAAACAAUACCAAGUGUGCGUCAGUAUUUUUCUGAAAAAAAGAGACCAGUUGUGAUUGAACAGACACGAUUUCUUGGUACUGUACUCUUGUGUAGUGAAUGUAAGUUAGAGCAUACAGUAUUUCCUCUGGAGUAAGUUUUUGCGGGAAAAAUUUGUGCGGUAAUUUUUAUUUGCGGGAACUUAUUUUUGCAAAGUACUGACAGUCAUAAAAUCCUAUCAAUAAAAUUCAGCCGUGAGUGAAAUAGUGAAUGAAAAUGACAAGAAGAGCCAACUGAGAGCCAUUGCUAGAUUCUAUGGUAUUUUUUCUCGUUCCUUUUUUUUCUAGUUGUGUUUGGUCACAUGAACCGUGAUGUCAGCUUUUUAAGUUAAGAUAACCAUGUUUAGGCUGUUGUGGACAUGUCUCAUAUUAUCUCAGUCGUGACAGAUGAAACCUUUAUUACACUUGGGUCCAGUUAUUACAUUUGUGCCUUGCACAAGUUCCACUGACAAGAAAUCCGGAUCCAUGGAGUGAAUUUGGCCUAAGAGGCAACCAAACAUUUAGCCUCCUUGAUGGCAUUUUCAGGGGAGUCAUAUUUUCCCAUUUAUACCAGUCUGCAAAUAAAGCGAAGGUCAAAUGAGAAAAUUGAGGCUAACAUUGUUGAGGUCAAAGAUGAAAAAAAGAUUCCCACUUUUCGUUUGUGGGAAUGCUCAUCAAGUCCAAGAUUAUAUCGGCGGAAGAGGCACCUUUGCCCUCAAGCGAGGGCAAAAAUGAAACAGUCCAAAGCUAGUUUUAUUUCAUAAAUUUUUUAGGGCACAGCGUGGAAGAAUUUCUUCCCUCCUUCCCAAAUGCGCGGGGCAGAAUUACGUGACGUGACAUGCUUUGCAUAACUCCACUGAAAGCUGGUUUGCCUGUGGCAGUUCGACACUUGUUUUCGUUCAUUGCCGUGGCGGCAAGUGAAAUUGUUACAUUUAUAAGUUCAAAUUCUUCAUUCAUUUCCUUCUGGAGGUCUUUCCGAGGAAUGGUCUGAGAAGUUCUAUGGGCUCGUAAACUAACACAGUCUCAGGUGGGUAUCGUUGGAUUAAAAAUUGACGCCUACCGUAAUUCGCGUUUGGUUGUGCUUCGGUUAGAGGUCACGUUUCUUCGCCCGUUUUUAGUGUAAUAUUUACAUUUGCUUGGCUUUGUCAGCGCUCGUGAUAUCAUUAACCCAAAAAUUUUAUUUCGCCAAUUUGAAGAAAAAAGAAUGCUCUUUCAGACUAAACAAACUUUGGUGUUGAAAGCCAUGUACCAAUUCGCUUUUUUAGCUCGUGAAAAAGAGCUAAAUUUUGACGGUUGAUUAAGCGAUUUUGAGUCAACAACUUUGAAAAUUUCUUUAAAAAUCUCUUAUUGACCAAAUCGAGAACUAAUCAGUCAAAAUUAUAGAGGAAAGAUAGUAAAAAUACGAAGUGUCAUUAUAUUUUAGUAGCCAACUUUAUUUUAAAAUUUACGAGUUACUGAAUAUGACUCUAAUUGCGCAUGAUUUUACCCAUUUUAGGCCUCGGGAAGAAAAAAAUUCGUUAAAAAAAUGUUAUUCACUCGAUCGUACUUAAACCAACGAUUUUGUAACUAGGGCCCAUAGGGCUUUAUUCUGGCUAAGUUUGAGGCCAGGUCAUCUUUUGACUAUUUCCUCGUCUAGUUGAUAUUUACGCGGAGCCGCUGUUAAGAGAGCUUGAUACAUUUCCCUCAACUCAAGUAGUUCAAAAAGAGUGGCUGCUCAGCUUAUAAAGCAGUAGAUAAUAAACUCCUAAUGACUUGUCCGAGAGAAGCAGUAAAUUUUGUCUCCCCAGUAUCCCCCUCGGGAAACAUUGAGAUUCGAGGGAAACAAAAUUAACUGUUUCCCGAGGGACAAGUUUUUAAGAGAUUUGUUAUACAGCAGGAAAUCCUCGCUGUAACAGCGAUCGACAAUCACAGGUAACAGUGCACUGUUACCCACUGACGUCAUAGAUUUUGGCGGGUAACAGUUUCAUUUUUAGAUGUCAUGUGACCUCGAAGUAACCAAUGAGAGCGCGCGCUAUUGGGAAAAAAAAUGCCAGCUAUAUAUCAUUAUAAUUAGUGGAUUCAUUUCGUUUGUGGCGUGUUUUCUUGCUUUUUCUGGCAAAUGACCAUCUCGCGUCAGCGAACACUUUCUCCUGAACCAAAGGUGGUGGGUCAACAGAGAGUUGACAGUACACUCAUUAUCUUUUUAAACACAGGAUCUAGUUACAUAUCACAUGACGUCAAGCUUAGAGAACCAGGGAUGGUGUAUCGACAACAAUCAUUCACACUUCUUGCUUGUGGACGAUGGCACUGAAGGAGAAUACGGAGGAGAGAUCAAAUUCCGUGCAAGGCUUCAAAACUGCUUGGCAAAUAAAGAGAUUUCCAAAAGUAAUUAUCUAAAAGGUUCAGUUUUUUCUAAUAGUCUUUAACGUAAUCGAAGUGCAACGUCACCCCGAAACAGUCGUUUGGAUAGGUUUUUUAUAAUGCCUGGUGGUCGUUUUCCUUUAAAUCAAUAUAGCGCUCUCUCACAAGCCCAUGAAAGCAAUUGGGGGCUUUAACCGCGUAGAUGAAUUUGAGAUUCAUUUUGGGGUUAUAUAUUGUUUCUAACUUUCGCCCCCUCAAUGAGAACGAGGCUCAAUCCCUCCGGCAAAAGUCUGUCAAGAAUUGGUGUAUGCUGCAAAGGCCCACGUCACUUGUUGUCAGCUGCCGAGAUGGAUUGCUUACCGUCAUAUUACAGGGAUUGUGAAUACACUGUUGUAAACGUCUGCAUUGCUGAUUGAUAACUAAGAAGAUGGAGCUGUAUUUGGAUGAGCUACCCCACUGAUAGGCGACUUUUGCAGAAGGAAAGGGGAAAGGCCUGAAGUUAGCGUCUACUAUUACUACCAUUACCACUUUCUUUUUUUUUAUUUUCUCUUUUUUAGAAGAAUAACUACGUCCCUUCUCUUUUUAAAACUGCAGGAUACAACUAUUUAGAUGAAAAUUCUCAGAACGGCAGGCCAAAUGGUAUUCCUGUGGUACUGCUUGUCCUUGAGGGAGGUCCAAACACUAUUCGAACAGUGUUAGAGUCAGUGACAAGCACUCCUGCAGUGCCUGUCGUCAUUGCGGAUGGUAGCGGUAGAGCUGCUGAUAUUUUAGCUUAUGCUUACUCGCUGUAUAUUGAACAUCAAGGGUUCGUAUUCGUUCUCAUAAUAUUUUUCUUUUUAUGUCCAGAAGGUAUGGCAGUUGCGUUAACUGGUCACUGUUGGACUGUACAUUUACUCAAACCAGAUUUUUGUGUUAUCAAAAUUUCUCUUAAGCUUGGAUAUACCUUGAAAUCAUUUCACUAAAGAUUUGGUGGCAAUCAUGUUUUUAGAAUCUUAACACUAUGGGUUUCUUUGAGGGAGGAAUCAUCUAAAAGCUCUUGCAAAAAUUAAAGGCAAAACACAUUUUAACACUUUACACGGUUUUUGCUAUGUUGACAGGUUUGAUAUGAAGCACUUUCGUCAGGUUGCAGAGCACGAAAUACUUGAAUUGAGAAUUAAAAAAGCCUUCCCUGGUUGCUCUGAAAACGAAUGGUCUAAGUGUUACUCCAAUGUACUUGAAUGUGUGAAGAAAAGUCAGUAUGUAAGUUGAGAAAACGAGUAAUUUUAGGUUUUUCUUUGGCCUUUUUUGUGCAUCUCAUAUAAAUGUAAUAAUUUGUGCUGGGUAUUUCAGCCCAGAUUCGUGUUACAGUUAUUAAGCAGAAUUUUGUCGGUUCCACUUGUUUAAUUAGCUCUUCAACGUCCUUCCUACAGAUCACAACAUGCCAUAUGGACGACGUUGGUAUGGACAUCGACAAGUUGAUUUUGAAAGCUAUUUUGAAAGGUUUGAAAGCACUUUUUUAAGCAGUUAUUUACAAUGUAUGGUAGUAGGCAGGAUAAUCCAUUUUCAAAGAUACGGUAAUACCAAUGGCAUUAAAUGCUGUUGUCUAUAAUUAUCUUAGAUGCAAUGUAUUCUGAUGAAGUGUAGACUGAUGUGUUGUUAUUUAAAUACACAGCAAAGGAGAACAAGUUAUAAAAUCCGCAGCGCCGCUUUUCGCCAGCGAAAAAUCGUUACUUUUGUAAAUUUCGUAGCAGAGUUCAAUUCUGGACAUAAGUGAGAAGUUUGCCCUAUCAUUUUCGUUGUGGUCAUUAGCUAGAUAAGGCAAUAAAAGAACCCCUGAAAAAAUUAAUUCGCUGUCCUACAGUUAUUACAGAGGCUAUAAUGCGUACGUUUGCAUUCGCAGCGAAAAGUACUUCGCCUUCAUACCAGCUUGAUUUGGCCUUGACGUGGAACCGAGCUGAUAUUGCUAGAACUGAGAUCUUUACUAAAGACCGAAAGUGGAAGGUACGGGUGUAAUCGUGCAAGUUGACAGUUGUUGCAUUACAUUUUUGUACUUGACCAGGUGAGCGCUUAGUAAUUGUACUUGAUAGGGAACCGAAAAGCACAGUGGGAGGCUUAGAUACAAAUGUAAGCUCGGUAUGAAAAUUCUUGUCUAAUUAAAGUUUAUUUUGUAGUUGACAAGGACCGAAGGAAUUUAGCAUUAGACUUGUAUCCUUGAAAAUGAAAACACGAAAUGCAAGUUAAUCUUUCAGCUAAAAUAGAGUACUUUUUGCCCAAAAUUUCGGUCAUUCAGAACUGAAGUUUAAUCAGAGCUGCGAAAUGCUGAUGAAGGUUAGUUUUGUCACGAGUCCAAUCUGAGUAUCGAGAAGUAAAAUUAAUCCCUCUUUAGCUGAUCCCCAGGAAGAAACGAAACAUUUCUCUUUGUGGUGACAGUAACUUUCAAGCAGAGUAAAUAAAGAAAAGUUACAAACACCUGUUCAAAUGUAAGAAAAUAGCGGAAAAAUGUUAAUAGACUUCAAUAACCGUCUUUCAGGAUAAGCUCUACAGUCCAAAUUAAACCAAAGAAUGGUGGCCGCUAGCGCUCUUCCUAUAGAUAAGAACCACGCCGCUUUCAGAGCAACAGUCUACGGUUUUCCUUGUCAAGGGGCACAGAGUGCUGGUUUGCGGUAAACCUGUAGUGACGCGAAGAGCAAUUCAAAGCUCUUGGCAUUUAUGCACCUACGUUGUAAAACAAAUUGCGUAACUUUCGGUCUGUAAAUAAAUAGGCAAGGGAUUUAAAAUGACCUAGAACAAUUACAAAUUGGCAAUAUACGUUCUUCCGCGUACGAUUUAGGUAAGGUCUUGUUUUGGCAAUGUCAAUCGUAAAGAUGGGCUCUUACCACUCGUUUUAUCAGUGAACUGAUAUCCAUACCACUUUUUAGAGAGAAUUCUUCUUUAACUUUGUUUUCGUCGAAAGGUGUCUGAAGUCCCUCUGGAAUUUGCGCUAGAUUAAUUACAUCUGGAACAUCACAAUGGCAGCGGUUCAGUCAUGUGGAACCCUAUAUUAACAAAGAUCAUUUUUCAACAAACCGUUCAAUUCAAAGAAACGAGGGUUCUGGAGCCAAUCUUUUAUUUUUGAAAGAAUUUUGCUGACUAAAUCAUCAGCAUCUUUUUUUUUUUUUUUUUUUUUUUUUUUUUUUUUGGGGGGGGGGGGGGUUAAAUAAUCAUAAGGCAAAAAGAUGUUUUUCAUUGUUACUAUUUGAGGUUUGAACCGCAACCUGCGACCUCGGCUCGGGAUGCCGUCCCUUAGCUUAUCCACUUACGACAGUUAAGUUAACAGGGCGACUGGGAAAAAUUUAGCGCAGUGAUAUAGUUCCUCCUAUGUUGAUAGCUCAACCGAAAAAAAAAUUUCCCAAAUGCAAAGUACUCUCCAUGACGUCUCCAAUAGUAGGCUGUUAUUUAUCUGGCACUCGACAAGUUUGUUUUGACUAAUGUUUGCUCCGAUAGCCGGACAAACUGUUCAUGGUAAAGAUCCAUCUUCAGACUAGUUUACUAAAAUGGCAAACCAGCCUUUCAGCAUGUGAAACGCAAAUGACGUCAAGUUUUGAUGGAACAUUAAGUUCAACUUAAAUCAUAGCGAUCUCUUAGUUAAAUGAAGCAUUGUAGUUUAUCUUGAUCAUUUGUUUUAUGCUGGCUUAUCCAACAGAUGGACACCUUGGAAGAUAAGAUGAAGGACGCUUUAAUCAACAAUCGCGUGGAAUUUGUAGAUCUUCUUUUAGAAAUAGGUGUCAGUAUUAGGAAGUUCCUGACUACAGAUCGGUUAAAUAACCUUUUCGAGGAAGUGACCGUAAGUACAACACAUGACGACGUAAGACCAACUUAGAUAUUCGUACAUCAUACAAGACUAGACUGUAUAGCAAUCAGUUUAUUUCUCUUCAUUAAUUAUAAAUCAUUGCUGUUCAGGGACGAAGCGCGAGACCAUAGCGCCCAAAUAUAAAAUGGCAUAUCGCUUUCCCGUUUUCACGUUACUAUUGGCCAGUGCUUAUGUCAGUCGUACAGGGAUGGGUUGGUGGUUGCCACGAAUGGAAGUGCAGUCAAGAAAACUUGGGGAAAGAAGCGUUUGAAUCAGCUUUCGGAAACGCUCUAACACAACACUUCAAUACAGCCGUAAUAUUAAUUGGUCAUGAAGGAGAGUACUCAGUCCGUUCUUGACAACCCUUCAAGUGGCUGUGCAGCCGUCUCGUGAAGACAUAUUGAAACUGAUAUUAUACACCUCCACCAAUGACUUAAUUAGAAAAAAUGCUCCUAAGAGCCUUGGACUCAUAAACCUAGUAGUCUAAACGGAAGUCCACGUAAUGAAGUAGAUGCUACUUUUUCCUUAGAGGCGUGAUCAACGGCCACAUGCCAGGAACCAGAGGCUAGAUCUAUUGUAGAAAAUCAUAUCGAGUCGCUAAAAAUCUCCUUAACAACCACUAACGUCCUUCCGACUAAAAUACCUACCUUUCCAUUUGCUUUAACAUUUGAAACCUGACUCAAUUUUCCGACAAACAUAAGUUAACCAAAUACGUAAGAAAUUACUAAAUUUUAUUUAAAUGCAGUAGUGGAGUAAUUGAGCUCUUCUAAUAGUUAAUCUCUAAUAAUUCCAAAUAGUUUAGCGUUUCGUUCCAAAGCAGAUACACAGCCUCAGUAAAAAUUAAACCCUCUAUUAUUUUAAACAUUGAAUUCCCUGAACAUUCCAAUCGUCUUUCUGUGUUUUCGCUCUAGAGGGAGGGAUUACCAUCGAGGGUCGUUCUUGAAGAACUCAUUGGAAAAGACAAGGUAACAGACAAGGGAACAGACUUAGUGUUUCAACAUAGACCCUAAGAUUAACUGUGACAUUAAUUAAUGUAAUAAACUGUCACUUGUAUAAGACUGGAAUGCUAUUCGUUGCAGAUUAACAAAGGCUUCAAAUUUUCAGAUGUAAUAGAAGCCUUAUGGCCACAUUUAUGGGGUACUAACCAGGGACAAGACAAUUUUGAGGUGGGAACUCUGCUAUGAUAAUGUUCAAUGGACAAUAAAAUUCAAUUCUCUAAUCUUAGUGCGAAUCAAGUAUACGUAAGCUCUGCAAUUACAUAAACUGUGCAAUAAAGUUACAAAGAGGAAACAACCAAUUCCAGUCAAAGUUACGAGCCUUCAUGUAAACUUGAGGUCAUUAUAAGUUUUUUUUUCCCGUCUUUCGGCCAUUAGGGAGCUUAAACUAAGACGACGGCGACGUUUACGAGAACGUCAAAAAAACCAGUAGAUUUAACCACAACUUUGCAUCACGCUUUUUGAUAAUUUUUUUGCCGUCACUGCACAACUAAGACGUGAAAGUGCCCACUUCCACGUUUUUAGGACGGCGAAACUGCACAACAUAACAACUUUCUUUUCCGUUUCCUGAAUUUCGAUGCGGGCUUUAGAAUGCAACUUAAGAAAAAGUUACUACUAUUUGACGAAGUGAGCGAGCUGGAAUAAGCGCGAUAAAUUUUGAAGUAGCGCGAAUGCACUCUUAAAGUGACGUUUUCGUAGCCAUCGUCAUCAUUGUUGCCUAAGCUUCUAAUUUUUUGAGCGGGCGCAGGAAUUUGAAGGGGAGUAAAAUUUCGUCACGUCGUUUACAAAGUUUGAUUGGUCAGUUAGCUUUUCUUCUCGUUCCAAAUAUAGUACUUGCGAACUAUGAAUAUUCACGAGCACAUAUUAGAGAGUUACAUGUUUCAAGCCCUUAUGAGUUUCUAGUUUUUCUUAGCUAUCUAGAGCCGCACAGAUCCCCAUCCUCUGUGAAACGAAACUUAGAACACUACCCCCGACCUGGAGUAGGUGUUUUACUAACUCCCGAGAGAAAAGCCCGUAACCACCUCUCCCAUAACCAUCCCGUUACAACUAACUGCCCAUGGGUCUCCAAGAUGUCGAAGUACUUGUGAAACUGUGCACGGAAAAUCCCUCUCCUCUUCUUUCAUAGAGACGAAACACUACCCUCAAGAGUACAACAAGAAAUAAUUUCAAUAUUUCCCGACAAAGCCAACAAGGGAAAAUCAUUGUAUGUUCUAUUUACCGUAUACUCAGUCUAAAGGGUUUCAAUGUUUUGCCAUUUUUCAAAUCAUUGAUAUGUACGGUUCAGUUUAUUACAAAGUUCAAAUAAACCUUGUUUAAUUUUCGAGUGUUCUAAGUUCUGUGGUGGAGAAGAAGGUAAUUAAUUCGCCUCUUUUUAGAGAAAAUGGAUUUCGUUUUCACUUCAAUUAUUUUUUUCCCAAGACAAUAGGAAGGUGCAUAGCAGACGACCCUUACGAGGCAUUGCUUCUGUGGUCCGUACUCAGCAACAUGCAGAAAAUGGCACUUUUCAUGUGGGAGCGAGGGGAAAAGAAUCUGGCGCGUGCUCUCAUAGCAGGAAAGGUGUACAAGCUGAUGGCGAGGUUGACACACCGCGAUGACGCAAAGGCGGAUGUCACUGACGAGCUCACAGCGAAUUUCGAGUAAGUGUUGCGAAUAUAACCUCGACAUUUAGAGUCCGCUGAUAACUGGUUUUACUAUAUGGCUGAAUCCUCCGCGGGAAAAAUGAAGUGAAUCCUGCGUUCCGAUUAGCUACCCGAGCGGGGGUCAUCUAUAACAAUAAUAAUUAUAAUACGAAGAAAAAAUUUUAUUGACAACAAUGCUUACUAUUAAAAUCCUACUUACAAGUAAUUCGCUUAAAAAAGAAAAAACUAUUCAUUCAAAACACUAUUUACAAUUCCUGUCGAUUUAAAAAGCACUUAAUUUAGCUUAGAAAGAGUUAAUUUAACUAACAAAAAUUAUUCGAGUUAAAAACAUUUCAUUUCAAUUAAAUAAAAACUGUCAGCCUUUAAAAUUCAAGAGUUUCUUUCAUUAAUAAUAAUAAUAUUUUCUUUCUUUAAUAAUGAUAAUAAUAAUAAUAAUAAUAAUAACAACAAUAAUAAUAACAAUAAUAAUUGAGGCAGGCUCUAAUGUUUUCGACCUGUAAAUCUGUGUCAACAAGGUCUAGCUGUCGCCUUCUGAAUCUUGAACCUCUCAAGCAUAGUAUCGCAGAGCGUACUAUGGCGAAAGAGACUUUAGUUCUUAUCUAGGAAAUUACGGUUUAGUAACUUUCUCCCUAAUUAUCUGCGAUCAGCUCCGCAAGUCUGUUGUGGUACCUAACACACUCAUCCGCCAUUCCACCUGUGGUCGUGAAAACUAGGCGAGUGAACGUUCCCUGAUCGAUCUCCAUUACUUUUUCCGCAUACUGCCUCCUUUUCUCGUUCUCAUGCUUCUUGUACAUUUGCUUAGGAGUCAAGUCUCUGUAAGAGUCUACACUAAGGUGACACACCCGAACAUCGAAGAAGGCAGAUCUCUGUCUCUCCCAAAAGCCUCGAGCAUGAAUUUCCAAACGGGCAUCAGGGGCUUUGUUAGCGCCAUGAUUUAAUGUCUCCUCAGUGACCUCCUGAAGGACCGGCUCUACUUCCACAUCAUUACAGACGAUCUUUAGCAUCUCUGCUUCCAAGUCGCGCAGUUCGUUAUGGCGCUGGAUAACGGACCCGCCGCGCUGACACACCAUUGCAUGAUCCACGCUACAUUGAACACCGCAUGCUCAGGUCAUGGGCGUGUCCGUUAUUUCCCAGCCGUAACUUAUUAUGAUAAUAAUAAUAAUAAUAAUAAUAAUAUUUACCCUCGGCAUUAUUUAUAGAACUUAUGCUAGUGGGGUCGAGCAGAUGACUGAAACAAAUAAAUAAUUCAAAUUGAACUUAACAGGGCUAAGAAUCCCUGGCCGGAGGCAAACCAGCUGGCUAUUUGCUAGCGUGGCCGAGGAUUUGAACUCGGAACUACCGUGAACAAAUCCAGCUGGCGGUCAGGGCGGGACUUGGACUCAGGACCUCUGAAUUACAAGUCCAGCGCUCUAACCGUUCAGCCACUCUGUAAUAUAAUGUACAUGUCUUAGAUGCUGUAAAGAUGCUUUAUAACAAGGAGUCCAGAGUAAUAGAUAACCGACGUUUAAUCUACAUGCUUACUACACCGAUCUGACAACCUCCUGCUCACACAUCCGUGAAUCCUAGUCUACAGAAUACAAUCCCAUAUACGGUAGCAACACUAUAUAGAUAUGGUAACGACACUACAUCCCUCUCCUCUCUGGAGAGAAUUCCGCACACCGAGGCUAAACAACUAUGAAUCAAACGAAGAAUAUAACAUGCCCGAAAGUAAACAUAACUGAAUACGGAAUAGAGUAACGGAAAGUGUCCGGGUCCAUAAAAGUCCUAAAACCCUUAUAGAAGAGUUCUCAUGUAAAGGAGUAUCAGUCAAGAACAUAGUCAGCAAACGUGCUCGUGCACGCUGGGGUAGCGUCUCGCAGGCGCAACAUUGAGCUGCGACGGAGGACCAUCACCGUGGGAGUCCCCUUGCCCUUCACGGGAGGUCUUGAAGUCGAGCACGCUCUUAAAGAACGAAGAGUUUCUCGUAACAGGGACGCCUUCAGCAUUUUCUGCAGUGACCAUAGACCCUUUGCUCUUGAUGACAGUCCGCGGUAUCGGGUUAUACCGUGUGUCACCUUUCUUCUUUGUCUCGUCUCUCUUGACCAGUACAAUGUCGCCUUCUUUGAUGGCCGACGGCUUAAAGUACUGCUUGUUGUCCGCGUGCUCCUUCAUUUUAGCCUUCGCUGCUUGGUCACGCUGCCUGAUAGCAGUGUCUGAGUAGGGUGUCGUCACCUCAGGUAGCUUUGUCUUCAUUGGCCUGCCAAACAGUGCUAUCGUCGGGGCAACUCUUGUAGUGCUGUGCGGCGUAGCGCGGUACUUCCUCAGCAUUUUGUUUAACUCUUGCUUGUAGUUCCUGUGCUCCGACUUUGCUGUCUUAAUGACCUUUUUACGGUGCGCACAAAUCUUUCACUUCUCCGUUUGCCGGUGCCCACUUUGGAGUCACUUUUCGAUGCUUGAAGCCAAGGUCAUCUGCAAAUGCUGUAAACUCCUUGCUGUUGAACGGGGACCCAUUAUCAGAUUUCACUACAUCAGGGACUCCAAACUCUGAGAACACUUUGUCGAGCUUUGGUAUGACCGUUGUCGCGGCGGUUGAUUUCACAGUUUCCACCACUGGGUACCUGGAGUAGUCGUCAGUAAUCAGAAGGAGAUACUCUUUGUUUGGGAUCUUAGUAAAGUCAAUACUAAUUUCUUUCCAAGGCGCUGCUGGGAGUGGCGACAUCUGCAAGGGUUCUCUCUUGCACUCGGGAGUAGCAAUCAGGCAGGCUUCGCAUGACUUCACCUUGCUUUCAACCCGCUUAUCAAUGUGCGGGAACCAAACUUUCUCUCAUAACAGUGAUUUAGUCUUCACGAGCCCUUGGUGGCCUUCGUGUGCGACGUUGACCACGUGGUCUUGUAGACUCUUCCGGACGACUAUGCGGGUUCCACGUAGAAUAAGGUUGCCAGACGCCCUUACGGUAAGUCAUCCUUCACCCUCUCGAGAAGGCGAAACUCAACGGCAUUGACGCAGGGACGUCUGAUUUCAUGGUGCCAACUGCCUUUCACAAUAGCUUCUGCUACAGCUUGCAAAGUUGCAUCAUCCUGAGUGGCUGUCUCUAUUUCUUGUGUCUUCAAGGCUUUGGGAGUAGAGGAGGUUGCGAGGUAGCUGACGUACUCCUCUGCGACUUUCUGUUGCCGGCUCGUUUCAGCCCCAUGCUUGGCUUGGUAACGCAAGAGAUAGUCUGCGGGAUUAACUUCUCCUCUUCGAUACUUGACUGUGAUCUGGUACGGCUGAAGUCGUAGAGCCCAUCUCCCGAUUCUUGCAGGCGACUUGGAACUCGGAUUGCCAUAGAUAGCCGCUAGGGGCUUGUGAUCAGUGUAGACUGUGACCGGUUUCCCGUAAAUGUACAGGUGUAAAUGUUUACAAGCCCAAACUACAACGAGGGCUUCGCGCUCUGUUUGGCUGUACCGCAGUUCGGUUGCUGUAAGAGAGUGACUUGCGUAGGUGAUAACAUGACUGUCCCCAGUUUUCGGGUCCACUUGAGAGAGGAUGGCUUAUUAUUAUUAAUUUUAUCUGAUAGUUCUUAAGUUUGCCUAGCCCAUGAAACAGGUCGUCAUAUUCUGCAAAUACACCCGAAGGUGUUCCUGCUUCCAGUUUCGACGGUAGGAGUUUGACUUGCUAAACUGUCUGAAGCAGACUAAGAUCUUGUGAAGUCUUCCAGCUGAGCAAGGAGCCACUGGAUCCCUUCACCACAUAAAACUUGGCGCGCAGCUUUUUCGUCUCCGACUCAAAAGUGGUACUGCAUUUCCCAAGGACGCCAAGGGGAACUUUUGACUGGUAGCCUUAAAUUUUCACACUACACGGUUCAAGCUUGGGACAAUUGGGUAACCUGCGGUAUUCCUUUUCAUCCAGGAUAUUUAUGCUCGCUCCAGAGUCAGCCAUAAUCGUUACUGGCAUGUCAUGUACCUUGAUCUUGAAGAGAGGCUGAUCCUUCAGGGUCUUCGUACUCAGGGAGAACGUGUAUACUUCACCUUCGUCACUUGAUUCGUCCUUGCUCACUUUGUUCACUGUGGGUCGGCGUUUGUUUCGGCUACUCCCUUUUCCUUUGGAUCUACAUACAGCUGCUUCAAAGUGGUUUAACUUGCCACAGCCCCGGCAAGUGGCUUGAUAAGCGAGACAGGACGUUUUUCCUCCGGGAUGGGAGUAGUGUCCACCGCAACUUCCGCACUUAUCACUUGAUUUCCGGAUCUCGUGACCAUCACCGCGUGACUUCCAGUUGCGUGACUUCUUGUCAGUUGCGCGUCCGCCAUCUUCGUUUGUGCCAGCUUUGGCGUUCCAAUUCCGUUGAUUUCGAUAGCCACCACGUGAGGACAACUUGUUUACGGUUUGACUCUCUUCUAUGUUAACGGCUCCAUGGCUAUUCCGGCAUCUAACAGUCGCGUCAGAGUGUAUGACGGGUUCUCGAGCGCUUUUGUGCGAAGCUUGUGGGAACUACAACUUUGAACAAUCUGUGUCUUGAUCUCGCGGUCGACGUCGGCAAACUCACAGGUCACUGCUAGUUGUUUUAGUCUCGUGUGGAAGGCUUAAAUGCUCUCGUUUGACUUUUGCUUAGCCUGACGGAAAAUAUAAAUCUCGUACUGACGGUUCUGUCUGGGAGUGAAGUUUGUCAGGGCUUGUAAGGCUUUCUCGAACGUGUCUUCACCUUCGCCCGGUGUGGUAUCAGGUAACGUGUCAAAAAUUUCGUUCGUGGCUUCGCCGGCAUAAUGGAGCAACAAUGCUCGCUUCCUCUUCUUGUCUGUGAUGUUCAUCGCAACGAGUAGAUUGCGGAAUCUCGAAAGCCUUUUCUUUCACCAGGUGGUGUGCGCACUACGAUCGCUACGCAUCAUGGGCGAUAUUCAAAAUCUGAUCAUUUGUGUUAAGAUGGCGUGGAGUAAACAUCUCGACUGCGGGGUGAAUAUUCGUUACUUACGCUGUAGAAAUAUACGAUUUUGCUUUGAAUCUCUUCCGGAAGCUUUCAAAAAACAAAGUCUGUCGAAUUCUCAAGGAAAUAAACAGUCUCAUUCCGUUGAUAAGUGUAUUCUGGUGUGUUUUCUUCCUUGUCACUUGCAUCCUGUUUGCAACUGACCGAGAAAAGUCGGCACUAGCCUGAAUUUCAUCCGAUUACUUCGAGUCGUUAUUACUCCCUCAGUAACGUCGUUGUUGAGAGGAAAUAACGACUCGAAGCAAUCGGAUGAAUUUCAGACUAAGUCGGCACAGAAUCGCUUUGUUCAAUACAUCAAUCAUGAAAAGCACUGCAGGUAAGAUGUGCGGUUCGCCGAAAAUUUUGAAUGCACCGUGAAAUCAGUGCAACUAGUGCUAAGAGGUACUGACAUGCAUAGCUGUGAUAUACUCAUAAAAUACUAGGAGCGUCUUCAGAAUACCCGGCCCCGGUUAAUUUAAACACAGUAAGCUUACUUUCUUUUAUCAUUCAGCAUUGCAAGAUGUUCACUUGCUAGAUAUAGUAAGAGAAGUUGAGGGGGACAUCUUUUCAGGGACUUAGUUCUGUGCUGGCACCAAGUCUGCAUUUCGUUUUGUUUAACAUCUGUAUUUAUCAUAACAUAAAGCAAAGUAAAUAAAGUAGAGAGUAUUUGUGUACAAGGAUUGACUUGUGUCCUCUUUAUCAGAUAAUAUUGAACACCUUUAUUCAAGCAAUACUGCAAAUUUGCAUAUAUAUAUUUCUUAUUGGUAUGAGUCAUAGAAUGUCUCAUAACUGGAUUGAAACUGAAAAUGGCAUAUUUGCGAUUACAAAGCCUGAUGCAGUCAGUAGAUUUUAAAAGCUAUUCAGCCACAACUUGUUUAAUGAUUAUGUCAGUAUGUACAAACACAUGUUAUUACAUAUUUGUUUGUAUUACAAAAACUUUUCAAAAUGUGAAAUUCAUACAUGUUUACAAAUCUCCUGUAAUAAAGGUUGAGGCAACAUAGCGGGAGACCCCUUUCCUUUUUUUUGUAAUGUCCCUCCCAGCCCCCAAUUUUUCCCAAUUCAAAUAUGGUGUCAUAGGAUCUCAUUAUAUUUACAGUAAACCCUGUUGUACAGACACUGAGGGGACCGUAGAAAUUGUCCAUUUUAAUUUAGAGAAAAUUUAAGGGUUUUUUUUUUUCAGGGAGCAAAACAAGCUGUCUGUAAUGAUGAGCAAGGCUGUGCUCUAAGGAACACUGAAAGGAGCCCAGUUCUCUGAACCUGUAAAAUCUAGGCUGCCCAGCAUAUGAUUUGUAUGAAAUGUCGGAGAUUUUCUAGUCACCCAAGAGCAAAAGUUAGACACCAGGGGCCACCGGGCUCUGCUAGAGCACGGCCUUGAAGAGGUGUCUGUAUUAAGCGGUUGUCUGUAAAGGGGGCUUUUGGGUUUACCAAUUAUUGCACUGGUCGGAUCCUAGUAGUACAGUAAAACCCCGUGACUUAGAACCUGAAUUUCAAGAACCUGUUAGGCUAAAAUAUGCCAGAUGAGCUCCCUCUAUAUUAAAACCUGUUCAGCCUAAAAUUUGAAACAGGUUCUUAUUUUUGACAUCUAUGAAAAAAUUCUGUACACUUGAGCAAAGAUAAAUCAACAUUUAGAAUCUUUUUUGAGACAAAGCUGUCUUAUCUCUCCAACUGCAAUGUAAAUGCCAAUGUUUAAAUUAAAUAAAAUUGUUAUAUUGAUACAAUUACAAAUAAAAUACACUCCUCUUUUUUAUGUCCAUUCUCGCAUAACUUCUAAUUUGGUAUGCAGACUUUAUAUGAGGAAUAAGGUGAAACACAAAUACUCUUGGCUAUAGUUUUUCUUCAGAAAAUAUGAACCCAUUUAAAAGCCUAAAUAGUCUAAACUUGUGCUAACUACUAUUUAUAUAAGAACCUGUUUAGGCUUACUUGGUUAAAUUCAGGUUCUUAGCCUCACGGUUUUACUGUCCCAUUGUUUCACUUUUUAUAUUUCCUUCCCCCGUCACCAUUUUCUCAGCCUUGGUUCUUUAGUAUCAAAAGUACAUUCAAUGAUCAAGCAAUAUAUAUUUUACCUUAAGCCACCAAAAUAUGCAAAUUGCUUGAUAUAUAUUAAGCAGUGUAAAAGGGUAAAAAGAUUGAAUGCGAUCACUUAGCCUGUGUGGCAGGCAUUUCAAAUGGAAGGGAAAGUGGGUUUUUGGUGCAAGAGAAAUGAGAGGAGGGAGGGAAAUGCCUGCCAGGAGACUAUUGUUUUUUGUAUUAUGAACAUCCACCAGGUGAAUGUGGAAAUCACUCCCUCCUUCGCUAAUCAUUCUUCGCAUUUCUUUCGCACCCACAACCCCUUUCCUUUCCUUUCAAAUGCCUGCUACAGAGGCUAGUCACCACUGAAUAAGCAGUUUGUUGCCUAGCUGCCUUGGCAGAAUUUCUCAGCAGUCGAAUCAGUAAUCAAAUUCAUGAUACCUUUAAACUGACAUAGUCAUAACAUCCACACAACAACACACACUAGUCUUUGAAGUAGAGUAUGAUUUAGAGUGAUGUGCAUAUUUCUCUGGAUAAAAGUAAAGUGCAAGCUUCUGGAUGUUAUGAAAUUCGUCCUCUACACUGCACCACUCUUGCAUUUCUCCCAAAAAUCAUUUUUCAUAGAGCAUGGCUGGUUUCAAAAUGCACAGGGCUUAACUGUUUAAUCAAACUUAUCAUUUGAUUUAAUGCCUGUAAUUAUUAUCCUACUGAUUUUAUACCUGCAUAAGGGAAUCACAUGUAUGACUGGAAUUUUACUAUGUUUUUUUGAGUCCUAUUACAAAAACAGAUAUUCAUACAUAGGGUACUCAUCAGCCUAUUUAUAUACCAAUUUGGAACAUUUUACGCUCACCUGAUGCUAUUGUUUGGAGGAACCAGUCGCCGCUUCCCCGCUAUUUUGUGAUUAGCUUGUGAUUACAACAGUAACACUUCCAGUAACAUGCCACAUUCUUCUUCGCGAGGCUACAUUUUCCCAUGGAAACCUGCCGGUUUUGAUUCGGCAAAAGUAUCACAAAACGUGGGGCACGUUGGGCAGUGAUAAAAAAUUAGCGUGGAACAAGGUUUGUAGAAACACUUAAAACUAACUUCUACUUUCGUCGGGCAAUAUAAUGGAAAUUAUAGCUUCUUAAAAACUGGGUUCAAAUUUCAUGUUCUUACAGGAGGAAUCUUCGUGUUCCACGUUUUAGAUUGAAAUGAAGCAUUAAGAUUUGUUUUUCUUCACAGAAAAAAUCUAAACAAAUAUUAGUUAUGAAAUUGAGAAAAACGAUCGAAGGUAAGAAAUAUAUCUGUUGAAAAAUAAAGCAUAUAACCAGCGAAAUUUCUCGACCUUCGCCGCCAUCUUGAAAAUUUUGCAUAAUCUUAGUACCCACACCACCUGUUCUUCCACCCAGCAGCUUGUGUGCUGGUAUCGGUUACGUCAAACUCCGGGAACGUAGGUAGCGCUGCGGCCAUGUUUCGCGUGUUCUUCUGUCUGACUAUCGUAUAGAACCAUCCACUUGUUUGGUCAGAGAAUCCUCGUCCCCAAUGUAAAGAUGCUUUAUAACAAGGAGUUCAGAGUAAUAGAUAACCGACGUUUAAUCUACAUGCUUAUUACACCGAUCUGACAACCUCCUGCCCACACAUCGGGGCGAUCCUACACAACACAAUCCCAUAUACGGUACACUGUAUAUAUAUAUAUAUAUAUUUAUUAUAUGGAGGAGAGUGUUUUACUGGGAACUAAACCACUCGUAGAUUCCAUACGCCACUUCAUCCGGGACCCGAGUAGCGUAUUUUCCGUAUGUCACCUUUGUGAGUGUCUUAUCGUUCAAUGACGUCUCGACUCCCGCCUUUUGCUUUUGUUGAAAUGGUUUCUCCAUAUAAUAAAAAGAACAUUACACGUUGGCUCGAAGAUAUGAAUUUUAUGUUCUCGUGGCAAAAACAAUAUCUCACUCGUUCGCUUCGCUCACUCGUGAGAUAUUGUUCUUGCCACUCGAACAUAAAAUUCAUAUCUUCUCGCCACCGUGUAAUAUCCUCUAUAUAUAUAUAUAUAUAUAUAUAUAUAUAUAUAUAUAUAUAUAUAUAUAUAUAUAUAUAUAUGGUAACGACACUACAGAUGCGUACACUGACCACAUUUGUAAAGCGUGGUAUAGUGCUCUUAUACGGUGACAGCCAUAUAAGCUUAUCAAGACUCUAAAUUUGCAUUAACAUUCAAUUAUUUAGUUUUUAGUCAAUAAAAAACGACAAAGUUUCGAUUAAAUUAUCGUUGAAAACUGCGUGAUUGUCCCAAAUUUCAUUUUUCUUUUGUAUGCGAUGUACUAAUUCUUAUAUGAUUAAAAUCUUCUUUUUACUUUGGAAGUAAAUAACUAUCUGCCUACGGCUAAAAGUUUCCUAGUAACUAAGAGCUACUUUUUUCCUUAUCAGGGAGUUUAAGCGACUGUCUGUGGCCUUCUUAGAUCAGUGCUUUCGAACUAAUAAAGAUCGCACCAAGCAAUUGCUCAUUUACAACUUGAAGAACUGGGGCGGGCAGAGCUGCCUAUCACUCGCUUACGCCAUCGAACACGAGGAAUUUAUGGCUCAUGUUAGUUGCCAGAGUGUUCUCACCGAAAUAUGGACCGGAUAUAUGAGGACUUCACAGAAUUCCAGCCUCAAGGUUAGAAAUUUCUUUUUUACAAUGUUCUUGACAGCGUUUAGAACGGCUCUAGGUGGAUAAGCUUGUUGUGUUUUUACGUAGAAAGGCUUGUCGCUUCCGACGCAGCGAAUACAACCUGAAAUGUAGUCUUCCUUUUCGUUUGGAUUAAAUCAGUAGGGAGCUUUAGCAACGACGACUGUGACGGCAACGAAAACAUAAAAAAAAGAUCAAUAAUAAGCUUAGAUAAGCAAACCAACAACACAUGCAUCAUGCUUUUUGUACACUUCUUUGACGUCACUGCUCGACUAUAACGUUAUAUCACUUUUGUCACGUUUUAGUGAGGACGUAUUAAGGGCCUUACAAUCCAACAACGGCGACGUCUAUGAAAACGUCGCUGGAAAAUAGACUUUGCAUCUUUUCACUUUUUUCCCGACUAUUCCAAGGGACGCGCUUACUUAAGAGAAGGGAAUUUGGGUUGAAGCUGAGGAGAAGGGACCGCGCCCAAGUUCUGACAGAAAUUGUAGAAUUUAUCGCCUUGCCGUUCCCGUUCCCAAGUAAACUUAAAAUUUGGUCAUUUCACGUCUUAGUUAUGCAGGAACUGUAAAGAAAUGUACACUAAAAGCGUGAUGCAAGUGCAGAGUUGUUGUUUUGCUCAUUAAACCUAUUGCCUUUUUAACGUUCCCGUUGCCGUCGCCGUCGUAGUUUCGUAAUUAGGGACCUCACGAUCCGAUAACGGAGACGUCCAUGAAAACGUCGCUGAAAAGUAGACUUCGCAUCCUUUAAAACUUUUUCGCGAUUAUCCCAAUUCUCCCUGUUACUUAAAAGAAGGGAAUUUUCGUUGGAGCUGAAGAGAGGGGACCACGCCCGAAUUCAGACAGAGAUGGUAGAAUUUAUCGCCUUGUCGUUCCCGUUCUUAAGUAAACUUGGUCAUUUCACUUCGUAGUAAAGUAAGUAAGUAAGUAAUAGACGUUAUUUUAUGAGGGUGACGCUUAAAAGUAACAGUAACUGAACAUUACUGAUCAACUUGUGGCCCUCUAAAAAUAUAAAAAUACAAUUUAUAAAAACUACACAAUCAAUAAAUUAUAAUUUACAAUAAAAAUAUUUCUAAAAUUGGAUAAAAAUAAAAAUAAAAAAACUAUUAAAAACGAAGAGCAUCCUAUAUGACUUCUGAGAAUUUAAAAGUACUUUCCAUAAUUCAGCCCUAAAGGAUUUCGAAGACUUCUUUGUCUUUAGUGAUCGGGGUAGAUUGUUCCAGUCCUUUACAGUUCUUACAGCAAAGGCGCGUCCUCUCUCUGAGAUUUUCCUGUUUAGAGGGCACAAUAAGUUCACUUUACAAUUUCUCGUGUUUCUUGAGUGAACAUCGGAGUUUUUUCUUAGAGAUGGGCUUUUAAAAAUAGUCAGGUAACUGACUAACAUUUAUCCUUUUAAAGGCCAGUUCACAACGUUUAAUAUACGCUUCAUUAUAUAAGGGGAUCCAGCUUAGGUUGUUAAAUAAUGUUUACUUACUGUUUUCCGACUUGUGCGUUGUGCUUCAAGAAUGAUACGUGAGGCCCGUUUCUGAAUACGGAGAACUCUCUUAAGUAGCUCUUUUUUGCACAAAGUCCAUACUGUGCUUGCAUACAUCAUAAGAGGUUUAAUUACUGCGUUAAAUUAGAUUAUCCUCUGGUUUUUCUUUAAGUAGGGGUUAAUAUGGCGUAAUAAGUAUAAGUAUAGUACAUGGCGGUACCGGCGCAUAUCAUAUAUUAUGGACUUGACCUUGGGUUUUUGAUGACGUCACCAUUUUUUCCGAAUUGGAUUCCAGAAAUUUGACCUUGGGAUUUUUCCUGGAAUUUGGGUUAAACUAUAUGUUUUUUAUUUUGACCUUGACUUUAAUAAUAUCUAAGCCCAACCAUAUCACCAUACUGAAAUAGUUAUAUAUCUUAUUUUGAUUUUUGAGUCAGGAUCUGGCUGAUGGUUUUGAUGUUUAUCCUCCUUUGUGAAUACAACAUGAGAAUGAUUAUUGGUUAUUUUUUUGAGUCCAAAAUCCAACAUGUCUAUAUUUGCUUUUGCAAUCAUAUCCAAUAUUUUGUCGACUAUUGGAUUUUCAAUUGUUUUCUUUACCGCAUUUACAGUCAGCUUUUUCUAUUGGUUGCUCAGGCUCAAUGAGUACUGAUCCUUUGUAUCCUUCACAAGUAUUUUUUAUGAUGCCAUGAAAUUCUUGGUUCUUGUAGCUGUUUUAAUUGCUAUAACGCUGAUUUUAGAGCGGUUUUUGUGUGUUUUUGUACGACUUUUAACUUAAUAUUUGAGACAAGUCCCAUUUCAUUGGUCAACUUUUGUUUAUUAAGGCUUAUUCUACCAUUUGGAGGAAUAUUUAAGCAAUAGAAAACGUUUUCCGUGUUUGCAUAGCCUGAUAUAAACACGAGAGGGGCUGGGAGAAUUCGAGACAGUUAUGCAAACCCCAGACGAAGUCGAGGGUUUGCAUAAAUGUUGGAAUUCUCCCAACGCCUCGAGUGUUUAUAUCAGGCUAUACAAACACUAUAAAAAAGUUUUCUGUUGCUUUUAUAAAUAACUUUCCCGAGAAAAAAACCCAGAACUCUUUGCAUGGCACUGAUUAAAAGAGAUAAUAAUCAUUUUAUUCCAGGGACUAUCAAAUAGUUUGUGUUGGCCAUAUUUGGGGAUUGAUGGGAGGACUGUAGUAAAUACCCAUUAGCGGAAUCUUUUCUAAUUUGGAGCUAAAUACUAGUUCAUAAAAGCCGGGUUCAUUAAUGAAUGUGUAAUAUUUCCCUCUGGAGUCAUUUUGUUGAGGGGGCGAAACGUCCACGCCAACAAUUGAGUUACUUUGUUGAUCCCCCGUUUUAGGGGUGCAACAUAAUUGGAUCAUUGUAUUUUCCUUUGAUACAUGUCUUUUUAGUGUAUGACGAGUAUCCUUAUAUCCAAGGAUCUCAGCAAUAUCCUUUCCUCGGAACCAAACAUUUUGCUUACUAUCAAUAUAUGAAGUCAGCUCAAUGAAUAUGAAGUCAUAUCUUGAUUGAUAUACUUUUUUUCUAUCAUAUAUACCAUAUAUAUAGGUUACAUUAUUUUCUAUAGGUUACAUUAUUUUCUAUCUUCUAUGGUAUAUAUGAUAGAUUAAAAAGUAUGCUAGGCCUGAGGUGCCGUUUCAGCACCUUGGACCUGUCGCUCCAUUUUAGAGCUUCAAGGUUGAGGUGGCGUUUUACCACCCCAAUAAAACUGUCUCAUUCUGUAUUGCUAUAACCUAGGAUCUUAACAAUAUCUUUACUCUUUCUCCUCCUCUUCUUCCUCUGUUUCAAAGAUCGCACCUAGGACGCCAGUUAAUGACAUUUCUGCUGUUUUCAGUUUUUUGGAGAUUAUGUUUUUGUGGUGUAAUGUCGUAAUCUCUUCUUCCAAUUUUUGGAUUUUAGUGUAUAGUACAUUAAGCUCGGUUUCCCUACUACGGAUUUUAGUAUCAAUCUUUCUUAUAUGAUCCUCCAUAUAUACUAUUAGUUAGAUAACUUUUGCAGGUUGCUCAGUGGAAUCCAAGUAUUAAAAUCAUCACUAUAACCCAACCAUUUUACCAGAGCUUGUUUCUUUCUAUAAUCCCUCCGAAUGACCUUUUCAAUGCGAAAUACAUUCUGUUUUGCCGGUAAUAAUUCUGGUUCAUAAAAGCUGCCUUGUAUUUCCUUAUUAUUGAGAUCCUUUAAUCUGUAGGUAAUUGGGUUUGUGGAUUGGAUUUUAUCAACAAGAAAUAUUUCCUCUGUCCAAUAAGGUGUGUACCCUUUAUCAAACACCUUUCUCUUAUACUUGCUUAUCCUAACUUUGUCACCAAUCUUAAAUUUGGGCUUAGAUGACAACUGCUUCAUAUCACCAUACAGAUUGUAAUACACGGCACUUUCAUUCUUCUUUUUACUAGCUUCUACAGGAGUCAUUUUAAUGGAACUGUGUUUGGUGUUGUUAUAUUGCUGCAAUAUUUUUGGUAGUAUGUCUAGAUAUACGGUAUUACCCUGGACAGUAAACUGCUUCCACAUUUUGGUUUUAAUUGUACGGUUCCAUCUUCACACACACUAGAUUUUUCCUCAUUCUCGGUUGAGUUUAGUGUUAUGUUAUUCUUUUCCAACAGUUCUUUCAUAUUUUUGUUAUAAUAUUCUUUCCCUUUAUCAGUCCAAAGAUAUUGUGGUUUACGGCCCUCUUUGAAGAUAGUUUUGAAUGCUUCUGUGACAGUUUCCCCUUUCUCAUCCUUUAAUGGGACAAUCCAGCCAUGUUUGGAGAACAGACCUAGUACCAUGAGAAGGUAUCUGGAUUGUAUCUUACUUGGUUUUCUAGAUCGUUGUAGGGCCCGGUGUAUUUAUGCGCUGGUAAGGUCCAUCCGCCUGCGGGUCUUGGUGAUUUUCCAAUGGCGUUGUGGAUGUCCAAAGCGCCUCCAUCAAGAUCUUUCCUGUUUGCUUUUGUAAAUUUUCUUUGGUCGUAUUUUGGUUGAUAAUCGGUCAAGAGCUUGAGAUCCAACAUUCUGUAUUACUGGAUUCAAUUUAUCCAGAGCGUAGUCGAUAGCUUUUUUCUGUAACUUUUUAUUGCGUAAUGCUUCUGACCCAUAAUAUCUUCCCAUCUCAACUGUUUUUUACCCAUCCAAGGUAGCCCGUGAUGUACAAACGCAUCAAGAGCAGUACCAGCUAAUGUGUCUAUUACGCCUGCCUAGCAGUAAUCCCUUUUCCUUUAUUUUUUUUUACUCCCGCAACAACUGGGUUAUUCCAUGUUCCAAAAAAGGUGGUGACAUGUAAGGGUACGGGGUUAUCAUUCCGUGGCCAUUAGUUGUAUCGGGAACAUAUACUGACACUGUAUUUGAAGGUGAUCAAGUACUAUCGACUUGGGUACCCUUUCCUGUUAAUGCAUUUAAUAACAGAGGGACUCCUAUACUCGCUAGUAGAGUUCCUAAAAACCCACCCUGCUGUGUUUUUGUUGGUCUGAUAACCAAUCCACUGCCAAUUUGGAGAGCCUUAAGAAUAUCCCUUUUCUGUUCCGCAGAUAGUAAAUGUUUGUAUGCAAUCCAUUGUGCUAUUUUAUCAUGCGGAAUAAGAAAACCUCCUAGUUGACCUUUUCCGAAUAUCGGCUAAUCCCGAUAAUGCUCCUGUGGCAAGCGGCGCGAUAGCUUUUUUAGCUAGAGGCAUGGCCAUAGGUAGCAACUUGCUUCCUAAUCUGAAUAAUGAUCCCCACAAUCUACCACCCUGUUUAACGGCCUUUAUCAUUUGUGUUUUUGAUAUUUUGAUAUCCGACCCUGUACCCUGGCUCAUUGCUUUUCUCAAUUUAUUGAUCUGAGUUUUUGUGAGUAUUAAUUCGUGUGGACCGGAUAACUCCUUUCUGUCAAGUCUGAUUGUUAUUGCAGAAUUAUUAUUGUAAGCUCGCGAAAGCUUUUCCAAUUGUCCUUCACUAAGUGACACACCAUAAGGAUAAUAUUUCGUCAUUACUUGUGUAUAAUAUAUGUUACAUAAUUUUAACCAUAUUCAAUCUACGAUCUGAGUAUUAUUUUACCAUCCUUUUGAAUUAGCUCAACAUCUUGCUCAUAUAAUGUUAAUGCGUAAAUAGAAUAGGCUGUUGCUGUUGUUCCUGAUAGUUCAUAUUUAAAACUUAGUUUUGUAGUGCCAUCCUUAAUGUCCAUUUUCUGCUUUGUUAAGUCGAAAUAUCACAACGGAAAAAGGGUACUAAACUUAGAUUUAUUAAGUAAUGACCCUUCACCGUAUUCAUUAUUUUUGUGAACAUAUUUCAACACAUCCCUAAAGACUCUGGUCAUAUCAGUAGUUGGUGUGUAAUGUAUCUCGGGGUAUUGGUUACCGUUUCCGACUUCCAGGUGACAGUUGGAUAAGGUUCUUGGGUCAGUUGACACGGAGAAUGUAUUGUAGAGGAAUGGAUUAGCUGUCUGGUUAUCGAUAUUAGCAUCAUUGAUUAUGAACACAAACAGGUGUCUGGGUUUUGAGAUACCAGUUGAGAUUCUAAAAUGCCCAGCUCUCUGGCGGCUAGUACUUGAUCUUUCUAUAUUCUCUCCAAAUAAGUCCACUUAUGAUUUUUAAGGUACUGACUCAUGUAGGAUGAUUGGCCCUCACUGUUAAAGGUUUUCCGUGGAACAUACAAUUGCAUCCUUGUUAUAACCACUCUGCAAUCAGCUCCAGCUUGCCAAAUUAGAUUACCAUCCGACUUAAUCUCAAAAUUCAUCUCAACCCUUGUAUUAGGUAACAGCUCAUCCUCUAACAUUUCAAAGAAUGAGUAUCUAUUCAGCGGUAUUUCAGUAUUUACUGUUGAUGAGGUAGCUAGGAGUGCUUUCCAAAGAGCAAAACCCUUAUUGUAAGCUGCUCUUCUUUUGGCUAACUGAUUUGUGCCACUGACUUCAAAUUCCCGCUCUUCUGCAUUUCUGAAUGUAUCAAGAUAGAAAAACUCAUUAUUAGCUGUCUUAUCAGCGUAAGAUGGACUGUACUCAAGUAAGUUCUUAAUAUUAACCGCGUGAUUCGCGUCAUUGCAAAAAAAAUCUUCUGCUUUAUUCUGUCCGAUUUUGUCUAUCAACAGAUGAUAUAUGGAUUGCUCUUUCUUGCAUUUAUAUUAUUAGAUUACAUAUUCCUUCAACAGACUAUUAAGCUGGGUGUUAUUUUGAACACCUAAUUUGUUUUAUGUGUGAGCAAUUUUGGAAAAUUCAUUUUUCACAACAUUAUUUCCAGCCAAUAUGGAUCCACCUAACAAUUCCAAUUUGUCCAAAAGGUCAGCUGGGUUAUUAUAAUAAACAACACCUGCACCGAGUUUUUUGUAUUUAUUACUUGUUCGGUGAAUUGGAAUAUCACUUCUUCUGUUCAGGUCAUCAAAUACCAUUUUUGAUAAUGGUGAAUACUUCUUUUUACUAUUGAACCGCUUUGUGAGCAGAUCAAGGGUAUCAAAGUCCACCUGCUUAUCAUAGACGUUUUUACCAUCCUUAUGAGCAAUUAGGUUAUCUGCCCAUAAAGUUUGGGCAAGUCAAUGGUUACAUUUCCAUAAACACCAGUAUUAGGGUUAAUCUUAUAAGCAUUCCUCUUUUUUGUGUAUAAAUACCCUGACCAACUUUCAAUGUUUUUGCGCAUUACUCUAAAAUACCAAUUCUUUGUCUGUAUUUUUUUAUGAUGUCAAUCCCUUCAGCAUAUUCAGCAAUUUCAUCCUUAUUUCUCUUUCUAUUAGUUUUUGUUGUGCUUAAACUGCCUUUUUUCUGACCUAAUUCCUUAUUUAUUUCACCAGAUUUUUCCAGAAUUUGUUGCGCAUAAUUUGGCCCUUUAAGGUUUGAAAAAAGAUGUCAGCUGGUAAUGGCAAUUGCUGGCUUUGUAUGAAUGCCAAUUCUUCUUGAGUGAAUCCUUUAUUCAUAUCAGCCACCAUCUUAGGGGCCACCUCACCACUUGGGACUGGUAAUGCUAAUCUUUGAACUUGCUCGGCGUACGGGACAACUUUUUUAUUAACGUCUUCUCUCAAUUUACUGAUGUCUUCUAUUUCCUUAUCAAACUUUCCCGUUAGAGGUUUCAGAUCUUCAGAUGUCUUUUCGUAAACAUUCUGCUUAUUAGUUUGCUCUUCUUUUAUAACAUCCCUGACAACUUCAGUCAUUUUUCCUGCUUCAAUUUUAGGGAUACUGAGUCUCUUAAAUCUUUUAAUAUCCAUUAUACUAUUACAUUAUAUAAAAACUUAUCUGAACUUACCUUAAGUUAUCUAACAUAAUAGUAUAUGGAGAUUCCAAAUUAUGAUUUCAAUCUAAUUGAAAAUACAAACUUUAAACAACUGUAUAAGUAUAUGCCCAAAUCCAAUUUUAGGAUGCUAAUAUGCGGCAAUUCAGGUUCAGGCAAAACAAACCUGCUUUAUCACAUCCUUAUGAAACCGUUAGUCUAUUAUGAUCAGAUUCAUUUAUACGGUAAAAACCUGGAACAGGAAAAGUAUCGACAUAUGAUAGAAACAAUGAAUAAUAUCAGUGGCCAGGUUGGAUAUGACAUAAUGCAUUGCAAUAAUGAUGACAUUAAACCUGUCAAUAGUCUGGAGAGUGAUGCCCAGAAAAUUGUAAAAUUUGAUGACUUCAUUUGUGAUAAAAACCAAAAGCCGCUUAUCGAUUAUUUCAUUCAAGGCCGUCAUAAGAACUGUAGUGUUUUUUACCUGUCACAAUCAUUUUAUAAAACACCAAAAGAUAUCAGAUUAAACUGCAGUCAUUAUGUUGUUUAUGAUUUCCCUAGCAGUAAUGAUAGAAAUAUGAUUUCUAGAGGGUUGAAUGUAACAAAGGAUCAAUAUAUUAAAGCCACCAAACAACCCUACUCAUUCCUGUAUGUUGACAAACCAAUGAAAACAGUCAAAAGAAACUUUUAUGGAAAUAUAUAAUGUAUUAUCCUUUCUCUGGUAGAUAAUUAUUUAACCAAUAAUAUAUGAAGGUACAUUUGAAAUUUAAAAGUCUCCAGUAUACUCUAAUGGCAACUGAAUUGUUGUAUGACCUCCAUCCUGUAAUAUUAAAAGAUAUACUAGAUAUGAAACGGGCUCUUGGUUCAGUUCUUGGACAAAUUAUCCAACCAAAUCAAAUAACCUACUAGCAAAGAGAACAACUUAAUAAUUAAUAUAAUCUAUUUAUAUGGAAGUAUAUCUAGAAAUUGAAGAUGUCAAAUAUGGUAGAAUGAUUACUGAAUUAUUUGAAAAUCUAUCAGAGGGUUGUCUAUAUGAACUUCUUAAUCACAAACAUGGAUCUUUAGAACAAGCUCGGAUUAUUGGCAGAGUUAUUGGGAUGGAUGAUCCAAUUACUAAUGAAGAAGCCAAGCUGUUAAAAGCAAACGGAUUUCAUGUAAGGGAAAUAACUAAAUAACAAAAUAGUAGUGGAUGGAAAUAUCUAAUACACUAUUAUAAAAUGGGAAUUUUUAAUCAGCAACCUAAUUAUAAUCAAUCAUACUCGAAAGGAAAACAAAGAAUUACUGGCCCUCAAGGACCUCCUGGCCCGCCUGGCCCCGCUGGUGUAGCUGGUGCUAUUGGCCCUCGUGGGCCUAUUGGCCCCAUAGGCCCUACUGGUGUUCAUGGUCCUAUUGGCCCGACCGGUGUUCGUUGGACUCGGGGCUUUACUGGCCCUACUGGUGCAGCGGUCCUAUUGGUCCCAGUGGCCCCACUAGCCCUCGUGGUGCUACUGGUGCAUCAGGCACUGGUUUUAAUCUCAUAUCAGAUGGGAAUUAUGAUAUGACAAACAAAAACUGACAAAUAUGGCUAAAGGAACUGACUCCAGUGAUGCAGUAACAAAACAGCAACUUGAUACUAAACUAUCACUUUCUGGUGGAUUAAUGACCGGCAAUUUGGAUAUGAAUAGCAAAAGGAUAUACAAUGUAGCACAACCAAAUGGUGAUAAUCAACCAGCUACAAAAAUAUGGUCAGAAAAUAAAUUCCUUGAUAAAUCCAGUGGAGUAAUGGCAGGAUCCCUAGAUAUGUCCAAUAAUAUAAUUACUCAUCUUGCCAAACCAACUGAUGAUAAAGAUGGGGUUAAUAAGAAAUACAUAGAUGAUAAUUAUUUGAAACUGUCUGGUGGCACUGUAACUGGCCAUAUAAUAUUAAACAAUGCUAUCCUUACUUCACAAUAUCAAGCAAUAAGCCGGAACACUGGAAAUGCUUUUUUUGUACAAAUUACUAAUCCAUAUGUUUACCACCAAUUUAAUAUGGUCAAUAAUAGGAUUUACAAUCUAGCUGACCCGACUGAUGCUACUGAUGCUAUUAAUAAGCAGUAUUUGGAAAAAUCUCAUGUUAAAGCCAGCAGUUACAAUAAUGAAUUCAAGUACCUAAUGACUUAUAGAUUAGCAUGGACUGAUCUUCAGGCGGAUAGUUUUGACAUUACUAAAAUUGAUAAUUUAAUGUCCCAAGAUGGUAACUACCAUCAAUACAACCACAAAGUUCUAUAUACAACAAUUAUAAAAGAUCAGCAAGGAGGAUACUCUUAUAUAUAUACUUGAUAAAGAUAAAGAUAAAGAUUGUACUCGGUGUAUUGAAAUCCUCAAAUUAGAUUACCAAUUAUGGCAUAAAUCAGUUGCUACAAUUGAUAAAACCACAUCAAAGGGGGUAUCAGUUGCUGGUUUACGGUACAAAAGUUUUUUCACCGGUACACAAAUAGUAGUGGGAACACUGCGUAUAUGUAUUAUAUCAAAAUAAUUGUAAACUUUCAAAAAACUGUCUGGAUCUUUAUGUUAAUAUACCCCAAUCGGGCAUUGAUCUCAACACCUACCCAAAAAAUUGGACAAAAAACUGUAUGAUUGCUUAUGGUAUUUUCGGAAAAGUGUCAUCAAUUGAUCCCCCAAAAACGCACGAUUACUGUGCUUUCUUAUGUUUUCCAUGGUUUUUCCAAAUACGGAAUUAUUUUAUUACUUGAAAAAGUUUUCCUCAAAUGCAUUCUUAGCAUUCAUCCUCUUUUGGGUGUUAAAAUUAAUGUACUGUGCGAGCCAGGGAGACUGGUCAAAUUCUAAUACCCUGUGUACUUUCUUCAGUUUGAGACCAAGAGUACAAAUAGAGUUGUAGAUUUCUGUAGUGUAACAGAUAAUUCUUUUUACUAGAUAGUGUUGGAAUUAGCUUAGCAACCUGGCCAAUAUUUAUUCCAAACUGCUCCUAAAUAUUUUCGCAAUAAGGAGAAAGCAUUUCUUUGGUAACUUUUAUUUUCUCCGCGGCUAGAGGAUAAUCAUUAUGCAGCUCAUGUAAUUCUUUAGGAUAUUCCAAAUCGACUUCUAAAAUCAUACCCUCUUUUCUGUCUUCUGCACAAGCAGCCAUAUUUACUUUUUGUAUUUGUUUUUCAGUCAUCCACCUAAAACCACCUGUUGGUAAAUAUCGAGACAUCGCCCAUCCAAAAAGAUUAUUCGCAUCUAGAUACGUAAUAUACUUACUUGGUUUCUCUGGAUUAUACCCGCUCAUAUAUUUAUUAUUAGCUUCCCCGGGUCGGUUAGCAAUAUAAGAAAUACCGCCGCGUAAUCCCUUUUCUAUAAACUGAAACAUACCAACAUCCGUCAUAAGCUCUAAUUUUAUAUCGGUCAUUUUCAACAUAGCGUCCCAGAAUAGCCCAGGAGACGUAAAAUAGUGACAGGGAUCUAGUAAUACUGAUGGCAGGUCUUACGAAAGUUCUCAAAAACAUCAGCUAAUAGGAGAAUAUCAGAUUUCAGAUACAGACCAUGAUACUCGCCCAUUGUCCUCAUAUUAAAAGUAUUCCAGAAUUUUUGGGCAUGUUGAUAUUGCGCAUCAGAAAUACCCUCAUCUGUAAGAAUACUAUAAAAUUCCUCUUUUGGGGGUAGUUGCUGGUCACCAAACUUCUGAAAACUGUCCAUGUAAUCAUAAGGAUAAACUCCUUUCUGUUUCAUCAGUGCUAAUUUCUCAUCUUGGAACAUCUGACUAGUAUACUUGAACGCAUUGGUAGGUAAAUUGGCGGCCAAUCUCUCCAAACUACUGGCCAUGAACUGAAAACUAUCCAGAAAUACUAAGUAUUUACCCAGCAUGAAAGCCACAUACUUUUCCAUAUUAUUCGGGAUACAAUUAAUGCUCAAAUUAUUACUUUUUCCGAUUGAUCCAAUUUCUUGCAUUAUAAAAUGGGAAUCAUACCCACGCAGAUGAUGAAAAAUGACUGGCACCUUGAAUUUAUCUGGGUCAAUUCUCAGCUUCAAAUUACAGUCCUGGUGUGCUGAUCCCCUAUACUGUCCAGUGAUGUGACAAUGAUCUCUGACUCUUACUUCAGUAUCUAAAUAUUUCUUCCCACAAAUGUGGCAUUCCUCGGCAGCCUCGAAUAAUUCUUCCUCCUCGUCUGUCAUCUGGAGUGGUUUUUGGAACUCAGUAACAAUCAUUUUUUGGUAAUAUUAUACUUCCAAGAGCAUAUCCAAUAUGAGGUAGCAAAUAGAUUUCUCCCUUCGAUAAAUUUUCACUGGUUUUGAAUAUUUGUCAUCACAACAAGAGACUACUUUAUAACCAUAACUACAGCCAGUGUGCUUUUGGUACUUAUCAGUAUAAGAUUUAACACCAUCUGGUUGACAUCCAGAUACUUUCUCUGUAAUUGCCUCAAAAUCUGCAUAAAUUACAAAAGGUGCUGGCGUCUGCUUAUGAUAGUUCUGAAAUUGGACUGUACUGCCCUCCUCGGGCAUCGUUAUUGUCUGUUCCCCAUUUAUUAUCAUGCAAUUGCUCUUAUGUUUUGCUAGUAUCUCAUUAGUCCUAAAACACUGGACACAAAACAUACAAAAAUGUUUACGGUGUUGGUGUUUAGUCUUAUUGCACAUCAUCUUAUUAAAAUCCUUAAUAAGGACAUAAUGUUGCUUCUCUCCCUGUGUAAUCAACAGCAGGUUCAAUACUUUCUCGUUUUUUAUGCUUUGAGACAUGAAUUGGAUAAAAUUGCUCAUUCUCAUAACCGAACACAUUAAUAUUAAUGCUAUUUUGCUCUUCUAUUUUACCAUAAUGUUUAGCAGCGACAGGGAAUUCCACUCCUUGGUAAUUUAAUUCCUGGACCAUUUUUCUGUCAGUCUUUUUGACCCGCUGGGAAUCCUUUUCUUGCAGAUUCAAAUAUCGUAUAUGACUCCAGCGAAAGCAUUCAUUAUCCUUAUUUUGAAGAUUGAUUAGCCCCUUAGCAGAAUUCUGUAAUUUUACCGGUAGAGGAAUAUAGGAAUUACCUCUCAUCGGCUCAUACACUACGGUAUUUAUAUAAUGUUCAUUAAUACUACUAACAGUCCAACCCCUGCCCUCAGACAACCAAACACCAAUACCGUUUAAUAUUUGUUGCUGUGAUAAUUGCAGGCUUGAUAAAAAAUCAUUAGGAUUAAUUACUAUUUGCGCUCUACUAUUGAAAUAAGCUGGCUUAUAAAUAUUAUCAUCAUCCUUUCUCUUCACAAAUGUUACUUUUAACGUCUCCACAAAUUUGAAACCUUUUGUAUUAUUGAGUAUAGUGUUAAAUAAUCCACUAAUUGCUAGUCUCGUAUUUUGAAGCUGCACCAAAGCAUCUCUAUCAGUCUUCAAACGGAUCUCAUAUGAUUUAGUGAAGCCCUUGAGAGCCUUCCGUUUUUCACCAAUUUUUGUCCGUGGUACUGCUAUUGGGUGCUGUUUCUUUGUUCUGGGAGCUGGAAUCGGUCUAUAUGAUGGGAUGGGAUUAUUCUCAAAAUAUCGGAUUAAUUGCUGUACAUUCCUUCUUGGCUUUGAGAUUGGAGUCCUUCUAACAGAAAUAGGGUGUGCUUCUUCCUUCACUCGUACUAAAUUCUCGAGGUCACAUCUGUAAGCCCAGAUAACAAUCUUCUUAUAAGUUCAUUAUGUCGACUAAUUAUAUUAUUACUAUAGAUAAAAUUUUUCAUAUCUGCGUUUAUAUUCUGCAUACUAAAAAUAAAGCAUUAUUUCUUUAAGCCCCUACAAAGUGGAUUCCCAAGGUCAAAUUUCUGGAAUCCAAUUCGGAAAAAAUGUUGACGUCAUCAAAAACCCAAGGUCAAAUUCAUAAUAUAUGAUAUGCGUCGGUGCCGCCAUGUACUAUACUACUGGCGUAAAAGGCCGAGUCGCUUCGAAAGUUUGUCGCAGAGUUUAUCCACAUGAACUUCGUAAGUUAGAUCUUCAUCAAUGAUCAUACCAAGAAGUUUGUGGUUUGCGACUUGUUCAAUUUCUGCGUUAUCCGUUUUUACUCCUAUUUUUCCUGUAUCUUGGACCAUGCGCUUUCGUAGACGCUUCCCCGUUACCAACAAAGCUUUAGUUUUUUUGCACAUUCAUAUACAUUUUGUUCUCUGUAGCCCAUAUCUCUACUUCACUAAGGUCCGGUGACAAAGAUUGAUUUAGUAAUAGCGGGGUUUUCCAGUUUGAACUCAACGAUAAGGUGGUGUCAUCUGCAUAAAUGUCCAUGUUGACUUUUGGACGUGGAGGGGCAUAUCGUUGACGGACAAAAGGAAGGGCACCGGACCUAGGACUGACCCUUGGGGCACACCUUGCUUAACCGUCAACUGUUUAGACGUAGUUUUUUUCCUAACGAAAUAAACUGCUUCCUCUCAGACAAGUAAAAUUUGAACCAGGCAACAGAAGAAGGGGUAGCACCUUAGAUAGACAACUUUUUUAGAAGAAGUUCAUGAUCAAUCACAUCAAAAGCUUUUCGGAAAUCUAUAAAAACCAGAACCCUUCACUUCGUCAUUGUCCAUGUUUUUUUAGAAUCUGAUCCGUGAGUCUGAUCAAAGCUGUUUCAGUUGAGUGUCCUGACCUGAAGGCUGAUUGCAGCUCGCAUAAUGAUUUGUUAUCGCGUAAGAAAAAAGAUAGAGAGCUGGCCACGUUCUUUUCGAGAAUUUUCGAAAGGAUAGGUAAAACCGGUAUGGGGUGAUAAUUGUUGAUAUCAUUUCGUGCUGCUCCUUUGUGCAGUGGUGUGACUUUAGCUAUUUUCCAGUGGUUAGUAAAACUGUUUGUCGAUACUGAAAGAUUAAGUAAUUUGCAUAAAGGAUUUGCAAACACCGGUGCAAUUUUCUUGAAAACGUACGCUUAGGCCAUCGUACCCAGAGGCCUUGUAGUUGUACAGGGACAGCAAAGAAAUGUACAAACAAACGUAAUGCACGUGCAGAGUUGUUGUUUUGCUCAUUACACCUAUUGCUUUUUUGACGUUCUCCUUACCGUCGCCGUCGUAGUUUCGUAAGGACCCUAUUAGGGAGCUUCAGCAACUACGACGACGACGACAACUUCAAAAAACAAUAGGUUUAAUGAUCAAAACAACAGCUCUGCCCCUGCAUCACGCUUUUGAGUACAUUUCUUUGACGUCCACGACUACGACGUGAAACCUCUUAAUUUGACGUUUUAUGGAGGACGUGGACGUAAGAGAACGAAUUUUCCUUCCUCUUUUUGAUCCUGAAUAAAAUCCUUAAGAAUUCAACUCAAGGAAAAGUCGCCUGCAUUUGACAUAUUGAGCGGGACCAAAUAAACAGAUUAAGUUUUAAAGAACGCAAAUUCACUUUUCAAUGACGUUUUCACUGCCGUCGUCGUCGUCGUUGCCUAAGGUUCCUUUUAAAACCCACGACGAUGAAUUUCUCUUUCCACUCUUAAACUUUGUUUGUCCCUAAGAAAAAUUCACCUACUUGAACAUUUUUAGCGAGUUGGAAUAAUUGCAACAAAGUAUGAAAAUAGAGAAGUCCUUUAAACAGUGACGUUUUCGCUGCCGUCGUCGUCGUCGUUGCUAAAGCUACCUAAUUAUUGUGGGAACUCCACGACAGCAGAUACAAGCAGAACUUCUAUUCUGGUCUCUGUAGACUGCAUGAGUCCGCUCCUGACUAUUUUUUUGCGUCUGUAUUUUAUCCCAUUAGAUCGUAUUAGGGCUUCUGAUUCCCAUGACAGUACUUUCACUUGAGUUUCAUCCCAUCCUCAGCUCAGACGUCCCUGAAAAUGGAGCGAAUGAAGGAAGUGAAAAAGGGUAUGUGUGCAGAAUAUCUCUUAAAACAAUUCAAGCACUUUGCCUAUUGAGAGACGUGAAUAACGUUGAGGUUGUUGUUGCUUAGUAUUUGAUUGGAGGAAGUUUGUAAAAUUAUGGGAUUUGUCAAGAUAUUCUGAAAGAACAACAUCUAAAGAACAACAUCUAAGAGGCCUACUUACCAAAGACUGGCAUUUCGGGGCAAAUUGUCUCUGAGAUAUUAGCUCAGUUAUGCUCCGAUGACUCCAUACAAAUCCCUUUAAAUUUGACUCGGUUCCUAGUGUGGCAAACUGAGUCAAAUUUAGAAGGAUUUGUAUGGAGUCAUCGGAGCAUAACUGGGCUAAUAUCUCAGACACAAUUUGCUCCGAAGUGCUAGUUUUCGGGAAGUAGGCCUCUUAGAUGUUGUUCUUUCAGAAUAUCUUGACAAAUCCCACAGUUUCACAAAUUCAGUUUUUAUGACGUCAUCAGUUUAGAACUCUAUUGUCUAUAGAAAUUUAACUGCUAAAACUAUAUGGCAGCAGCUUUGUAAAUGUUUAAACAUAAAGUUUCGAUUUUCGUUUAAUGAGCUUCUCAAAGAUAGAACAUCGUACUUUCCACUCAAUUUACUGUGGAACAAAUAAUUGCCAUUAAUUCCGAACCAGAGGGUGGAAAGGAGUAUUAAAGGUUCAAAGGUCACUGAAUAUCAUUCUCAAGUCUGCGUUUACAAAAAGGAAUUAUAACAGCAUUAUGAGUAACUAUAGUUCCUGUAUUAAUUGUCUCUUAGAAACAUUUUCUCAGUGAGUAAAUUCGACCCGAACGUAGCAUGGCGUGAAAAAGAAAAAGGAUUCCUGUGGAGGAAAUUGACGCGGUGGGAAACAUUUAUAGCGUUCUACCAUGCUCCAGCAACUAAAUUUUGGGCCAACGUG